CUCGGGAGCUCUUGUCGGUUCUCCUGGCCGGGGAUUGCCGCUUCCCUCUUCGGCCGCCAGCCGCGCGUCGGGCGCUGUGCAGCCUUUCUUUGCGCCCAUCCAGAGAGAUGCCGAAUGCAGAUGGUAAAAAACUGUUGCCUGUCUUUGCUCAUGAGGCCUGCCGCUGUCUUCUCUCCAUUGAAAAAACAGGUCUAAGAAAAGUCACUUCCUUGGAUUAAAAAGAAUUUAACCAUUGCUGCAGUUGCGGAGUUAUUUUUUUGUCAGAGAAUCAGCAGUUUUGUUCUAAAAAUUGCUUUAAAACUUGUCAAAUGACCUCAAUGGCCAGUCUGUUCUCUUUUACUAGCCCAGCUGUAAAGCGCUUGUUGGGCUGGAAACAAGGCGAUGAAGAAGAAAAAUGGGCAGAAAAAGCAGUUGAUGCUUUGGUAAAAAAACUAAAGAAGAAAAAAGGAGCCAUGGAGGAACUGGAAAAGGCACUAAGUACUCCUGGACAACCCAGCAAAUGUGUUACAAUUCCUCGUUCAUUAGAUGGGCGACUUCAAGUGUCACACCGCAAAGGCCUUCCCCAUGUGAUUUACUGCCGUGUGUGGCGUUGGCCUGAUUUGCAAAGUCAUCAUGAGUUGAAGCCAUUGGACAUUUGUGAAUUUCCUUUUGGAUCUAAACAGAAAGAAGUUUGCAUCAAUCCAUACCAUUACAAAAGGGUGGAGAGCCCAGUUUUACCUCCAGUCUUGGUGCCAAGGCACAGUGAAUUUAACCCACAGCAUAGCCUUUUGGUUCAGUUUAGAAACUUAACUCACAAUGAACCACAUAUGCCACACAAUGCUACCUUUCCAGAUUCAUUCCAACAACCCAAUAGCACUCCGUUUCCCAUGUCUCCAAAUAGUCCAUACCCACCAUCUCCAGGUGGCAGUACCUAUCCAAGUUCUCCAGCUAGUUCUGGACCAUCUAGCCCAUUUCAACUACCAGCCGAUACACCACCGCCUGCAUAUAUGCCUCCUGAAGACCAAAUGGGUCAAGAUACUUCACAGUCUAUGGAUACAAGCAAUAGUAUAAUUCCUCAGAUCAUGCCCAAUAUUUCGAGCAGAGAUGUUCAUCCUGUGGCCUAUGAAGAACCCAAACACUGGUGUUCCAUAGUGUAUUACGAACUAAACAAUCGUGUUGGGGAGGCUUUUCAUGCAUCUUCUACCAGUAUCUUAGUGGAUGGAUUUACAGAUCCUUCUAACAACAAAAACAGGUUCUGCUUAGGUUUGCUGUCCAAUGUUAAUCGUAACUCAACAAUUGAGAACACUCGGAGACACAUUGGAAAAGGCGUUCAUCUGUAUUAUGUUGGUGGGGAAGUCUAUGCAGAAUGCCUGAGUGACAGCAGCAUAUUCGUACAAAGUAGGAAUUGUAAUUAUCAUCAUGGAUUUCACCCUACAACUGUAUGCAAGAUUCCCAGUGGCUGUAGUCUUAAAAUUUUUAACAAUCAGGAAUUUGCUCAGCUUCUAGCUCAAUCAGUCAAUCAUGGAUUUGAGGCAGUAUAUGAGCUCACCAAAAUGUGCACAAUUCGAAUGAGUUUUGUAAAGGGAUGGGGAGCAGAAUACCACCGACAAGAUGUUACAAGCACCCCGUGUUGGAUAGAAAUCCAUCUUCAUGGGCCUCUUCAGUGGCUGGAUAAAGUACUUACCCAAAUGGGCUCCCCACUUAAUCCUAUUUCUUCUGUUUCAUAGUGCCAAAGUAUUUCUUCAGCAACCACAAUUUUAGUGACCAUUUUCUAAUUUUCCAGAAGCUUCCAGUGUGUAUUCUGUAGGAAUACGUCAUAAGUUAGCUUUCUUCUUCUACAAAUGACCAAUUCCAUUGUUUUAACAUCGUUUUCCCUUUCAUUUCAUAUUAAGACUGUUCAAUUUGCAGGAAAACUGAAAAAUGCAGAAACUGUUUUACCUGAGCUAUACAUAUUUGAACAACUUUUGAUUCCACUGGAAGUAUUUUAACAUGUUUUCUGAGGACACAUUCUUGAAUGACUUUACACAAUGAAUAACAAACACUAUCUCAUUUGCUAAAUCUAUAUAGCUCCAAUUUACCAUCAGUUUUUAAUAUUACUAUAUGGUUUUAUGGGUGAUCUAAACCUACAGAGAGCUAGCUUUAAUUUACGUAAGAUUGCCUUUAGCUUAAAUAUGACCUCAAUGUGUACAUGUUGACAAGCAUCUGUUACAGAUAGUGAUAACAAAAUACAUUAGAGCAGGCUCUCCUUUAGUUACUUUCAUCACAGUUCAGUGUUGCUUUCAUAAUUUAGUCCUGUACUCAGAUCAAAGUCCAGGGAAAUUCAGAUGAAUGUGUAUAGGAUUGGUGCUUAACAGAUGUUUUAUCCAGGGUAUGCACUGUUUGAGGCAGUUAACAUUUAUUUGAAUACAAAAUACUAAAGUGCUGUAUAUUACAUUGCAAGAAUGUGCAUUGUGCUUUAUAUUUUAUUUUGCAUUUUGGUAGAAAAUAGUCUGGAAGCUUCCUAAAAAUUUACAUUUGCUAAUUUUCAAUAUUUUUUUCUUUAAAUAUUACUUCUGUUUUGGGGAGAUUUAAAUUUUAUCUAGUAAGUGUUGUAAAACACUUGCUUUUUUUUUUUUUGCUGAGGAAGCUCAUUUUCAUAAUGAUUUAUGAGAAUAUUGUCAUGUGGGUGACUGGAAGUUGUAUGAUGUACAAUAAACCUUUUUUUUAUUGGCAAGGGCUACAUUCUUUCAGGAGUAAUCUCAUGGAGGCUAUGCACACUGAUUGGUGGUUGACAUAGCAAAUUGUCUCUUGCUAUCAACGCCCCCCCCCCUUUUAACAUCUUUAUCUUUCUUGUCUUUUCUACCUUCCCUUUACAAAUAGGCUAAUGAUUCCUGCUAAAGGCAUAUAUUGAAAACAUGAAGCACAUUUUUAAACUUAGGAUGUACAGUAUACCUUUGUUAUGUUGUUCAUGAACCUUAAUCAUUCAUACACAAUUUCUUGUAUAAUGUAAUGAGCUGGAAAUCUUAACAUCUGGAUCAUAUUUAGAAUUGUUUUGACUAAGCCAAUGGAAAGAUGAUGAAUGGUUUGUCAGAGGGAUACAGGUGUGUAUUAUGCAUUAUUUGUCUCCAUUCAGGAAUAUUUUGAUUCUUUGGACUAAAGAAACAAUAUAUUAGAGUCAACAGCCAUUACAAGUUAAAGUAAGGUUUAAUUUAAAUUGAAACGGAGAUGAAAUUUCCCUAAAUUUGUUUGUCUGAUGCUCAUCUAUGCAAUCAGUAAUUGGUUGAAACUUUGCCUUUAAAUAUAUACUCUUUCCUUGAAAUUUCAGUUUUCAAUGGUAAAUUGUUUAAGGCUUUCCCCCUCUAAAAAUACUUACAGUUUUAAUUUCUUUCCUUGGACAUGGAAGGCAAUAUGUGUCAGAAGUAGCUCUUGGAUAUUUUUUUAAAAGUUUUUAUUUUGCCCCUUCAAUGCUAGGAAUUAAAAGGGAACUUCUUACAACAAAGUAUGAAAUUUUGCAUGGAUUCCAUCGAAGCUAUCUGAGCUCAAAAAGAGAAUUUUAGUCAGUGUGAGUGUGAGGAGAACCUUCUACACUCUUUAUAAGUGGUUGUAUCCUUCAUUCUUGUGUUAGAAUAAUCAAGAACAUAUGCAGAUCCAUAAUAGUAUAUGUUGGCACAAGGCAGGUAUCUUACCCAAUUUUGACUGAGAGUUCUUGCCUUACAGCAAGCUUAUCUUAAUAUGAUGUUUGGUUAAAUUUGGUAAUCCUAAAAUUCUAUAUGGAGGAGAAUGUCUUACAGAAAUAACUUUGUAUAAAAUGAGGGAGAAGAAGUUAGAUUGGGAAGACCCAUGCUGGGUCAAAUUAAAGGCCUCUUCUGUUUGUGUUUAAAACAACUCAAUAUUAAAAGGCAAGUUGUCCUUUUGUUUUGUUUUAACUUAAGAUAUCUAGUCACCACAAUUAGUGCCAUUGGUGUCCUUUUAGAAUUUGUCUAAACUCUAGCUAUUUAUAGUUGUGAAUCUCAUAAUUUUAUCUGCCUUCUUUGUUAUACUUGAUCUUUUCUGAUUCAACUUCAGUUCAUGACCUCAUAUUCUACUAAGAAAAGGUUUGGUACAGUGAUCAGAAGUGCUAGACAAAGUGUGGCAAUAUUAACAUGUUGGCAAUUUAAUUCUGUUCAUUUAAUAAUAUACCCAGCAUGGAAUUUGCUUUUUCAAGGUAAUUGUCCUUUUUUGUUUGACAUAUCCAUUGCAAUCCCAAGAAACUAAUUAUUCCCAACUCACAUGAUACGCUAAUUAUUUCAAGGCACUUCUUAAGUUGAAUGAAUGUGUGUUUGGAGUCCCUGAAUUGAAUACAAGUUCUUCAGUUUUUGAGAAAUUAAUAGUUAAUAUGGGAAAAUAGAAGAUAUGAGACUAAAGUUGGCUUGUUUGCAAUGUAAAUAAACAUUCAGCCAUGUGGCAAGGAGAUUAGUGUACUGUUGCCAUUUAAAUACUUGUAAUCUUGGUUGAUAAUUUUUGUGGUAUUUGAAAUAUCACAUCCUUGUAUAUUCUGUGCCGAUGCCCUUGAAGACUAGCUCUAAAUUCUAGGAAAAUGUUUUAAUAAUUUUACCGUUAAAGUUAACAGUUUUAAACUUGAGAUUCCUGAACAGAGAAGGUGCAAUUUCUAAUGCAUGGUAUUAUCUUAAGAAUGUAAGAAUAGAGCACUGUAAAGUUAAGGCCUAUCUUGACCAUCAUUCUAUAGGAAUGAAUUAGAUGAUUGCAUUAGUCUGUAAGCAGGAUAGAGCAAUUGCCCUUUGCCAUAAUUCUCUAUUGUCUUAUCAUUUAGAGCUGUGCUAUAUAAUUAACAUGGAUAGUAACUGUUAAUCUUGUAUGUGAUCAUUUUGUCCGAUCCUUUUUAAAGCCAUUUAAAUUGCUGGAUAAAAGGAUGUCAAUAGAUCAUGAUAGUGUGUUCUAUGAUAACUCGGGGUGAAAAAAUGUACCCUUCAUAUUUGGCCUUUGAUUCAGAUAUGUUGAGAGAGAAGUAGAUGGCAAAGUUUCUCCAAGGAUAAAGAAUAAAAUUGUGUACAUGUUGUGAGAAAAGAUGUUUUGAAAACAAGUUAAAAUUUGAAAAUUCACCUUAUAAAACUUAUGAUAUAAGUGUUGCUAGUUUCUCCUGAAGGUCUAAAAAGUAACAGCUUACUCCAGAGUUACUUACUUUGAACAGGAGAAGUAGAGAUACUAUUUUGCUGGCUCUUAUUUUAAGAAGCUGUUUUUAUUGAAUAUUCAGUUAGUUAAGGUCAGAAUUCCCUAGGUGUUCUGAGCAGUUUCUUCCUAGUUAAAUGAAUGGGGACUAUAAAGAGUGCUAGAUAGAUUAUGCCAGUUGCUCAAUCUUUCCCAACCCCACAAUGAAUUUGUAGAAACCCAUGCUGGCUGGGAGUUCUGUAAUUUUUUUUUUUUUAAAGGCAGAAGGUUACAACAGUAUAUGAUUGAGAGACAACAAUAGAGACAUCCUAAAUCAGGGCUGUCAAACUCCCGGCCUGUGGGCUGGAUGCAUCAUGUGCUGGCUAUGCUCAUGCCCGGUUUAGCGAAGGGGGGGAAAUUCCUGGUAUGCCGUGAUGUCGCCGCGACCACGUGGGUUUGACACCCCAUCCUAAUUUUUUUGGAUUGCAAUUGAUUUUACUAUAAAUCUAAUCCAGGUAAUAAUAUCUAAUAACAUCUUCUAUAGAGUGAUAACUCAUUUGCAGUUUUUCUAAAAUGUUUAGAAUCUGGGUAGGAAGCCCUUUUUUAACUGCUCAAGCCAUUUAUAAAUAGUUUAUAACACUAUAACAUUUAUAAUAUUAGGUACCAGG